AUAAGCGCAACAGCAGAACUCACAACUAAACACAUUUACACACUUGCAUACAGAAAACACAGUAAUUAACCGCCACCAGCCAGAUUCAUAAGAUUUCUCAGCGAUUCGCACACGAUCAGAUGCGCAAGCGAUAAAGACAGUUAUCAUUCAGAAUUGGAGCUUGAAAUUAGCAGCAUUCAAAACGGAACAGAAAUACGGAGCAAAACAAUUGAGUUCAUUUGCACUGGAACAGCUUUUUUUUCGCAUAGAGUAAAUUACCAGUUGCACUUUGUGGAUGUAAAUAUUUUGGCGGUUAAGUUGUUUAAAAUAUUUAAAAUGCAUUUGAGCGCAAAAAUGUUACCUACAAUUACUUUUUCUACUGUGUGGCUAUUGGCUGCAAUUUGUCGCGCAGAACAAAAGACCACAACGGAUUGUUCUAAGUUACCUAAAUCAAUUGCGCCUCAAAGUUGCUGUCGCUUUCCGGAACCAUUUCAGAAUCCAAUUUUGAAUGAGUGCUACAAUCUUCAUAGUGACAUUGGGCAGUGCUUCGUCGAAUGCCUCUUCAACAGAUCGGGCAUUUGUCGUCAGGGUAAAUGCAGCUACCAACGAGCCAUCGAUUACCUCGAGCGCGAAAUUGCUCUGCAGCAAUCAGCUUUUAAAGACAUUUACAAGCGCGCAUUCAAGAAGUGCAUUGCGAAAGCUAAUGAUGUACUCGGAAACAUAGUGAAACGUUUCAGUCGCCAUGGAUGUCAUCCUUUACCGGAAAUCAUCCGGUUUUGCGUGCGUAAUGAAAUGUUUACCUCGUGUCCAAAAAGCUACUGGAAUGAUAAAGUGGCGGGAUGCAGUAAGAAACGGGACUUCAUACGAAAUUGCAUAAAAGACAAUUAGACGGCUGAGAGACCGCGAGUCAUUAAAUGUAAAUUAUGAGAUUUAUACAUCUUAAUAUACAUACAUGCAUAUAUAUGUACGAAUUUAUACUUACUUAUACAACAAUAAAUACUGAUUUUAAGCAAAAAAGUGGAGUACAACGAAAUAAAGUAAAUAAGUGAAAAUAAUAAAGAAU